UUGCUAGGGGAUGGACCGGUUAUGGAGGUUGGUUUGACAGAGUUGCCAAUGGUGGCAGAAACUUUGCCAGAAGAUGGACCGGUUUUGGAGGUUGGUUUGACUGAGUUGCCAAUGGUGACAGAAACUAUGCCAGGGGAUGGACUGGUUAUGGAGGUUGGUUUGACAGAGUUCCCUAUGGUGACUGAAACUUUGCCAGAUGAUGGUUCUGUUUUGGAGGUUUCUUGUGAGUUACGUUUAGAGCAGAAACCUGCAAGAACCCUACUUUUGGUAGGGCGUUCAGGUAACGGGAAAAGCGCGACAGGGAAUAGCAUUCUUGGAAAACCCGCCUUCAAGUCAAAAGGCCGUGCAUCAGGGGUGACUACAGUCUGUGAGUCACAGAGUUCAAUUCUACCCAAUGGCCAGAUCAUCAAUGUUAUUGAUACUCCUGGUCUAUUUAGUCUGUCUCCAUCCACCGAGUUUACGUGCAGAGAGCUCUUAAGGUGCUUCUCUCUGACCAAAGAAGGGAUUGAUGCAGUCCUUUUGGUAUUUUCCUUGAGAAACCGGCUAACAGAAGAGGAGAAAUCUGCGCUUUUCGCAUUAAAGAUUUUGUUUGGAAGCAAGAUUGUAGACUACAUGAUUGUUGUUUUAACAAAUGAAGAUUCUCUUGAGGAGGAUGGUGACACAUUUGAGGAAUACUUGGAAGACUCUCCUGAUUUCAAGGAAAUUUUCAAGGCCUGCAAUGACCGCAAGGUGUUGUUUCAAAACAAGGCCAAAGCCCAUGAGAGUCAGAAAGCUAAGCAAGUUCAGGAGCUCCUAAACUAUGUUGAAGAGAUUGCAAGGAAGAAUGGGAAACCCUUCAUGGAUGAUUUAUCUCACGAACUAAGGGAAAAUGAGACUGCAUUCCAGAUAAAGCAGAGGGAUAUUUUAGAAAUGAAGGGCUGGUACACAAAACAAGAGAUGUCUCAAAAGCUGAAAGAUAUGGAGAGGUCUUUUGAAAAUCAGCAGCUCAGGCAAAUGAUGGAGAGGGUGGAGACUCAGCUGAGAGAGACAAAAGAGAGGCUAGAGCAGCAGCUAAACCAAGAGCAAGCUUCAAGACUUGAAAUGGAGAAAAGAGCAAAGGAAGUCGAGAAACAGUCAAGUGAUGUAGUAAAGAAGCUGAACGAAGAGCAAACUGCAAGACUUGAAUUGGAGAAAAGAGCAAAGGAAGCCGAUAUGCAAUUAAGUGAUGUAGUAAAGAAGCUGAACGAAGAGCAAGCUGCGAGACUUGAAUUGGAGAAAAGAGCCAACGAAGUCGAGAAACAGUCAAGUGAUGUAGUAAAGAAGCUGAACGAAGAGCUAGCUGCGAGACUUGAAUUGGAGAAAAGAGCAAAGGAAGCCGAGGAACAUUCAACUGAUGUAGUAAAGAAGCUGAAUGAAGAGCAAGCUGCGAGACUUGAAUUGGAGAGAAGAGCAAAGGAAGCUGAGGAACAUUCAACUGAUGUAGUUAAGAAGCUGAGGGAGGAUCUAGAGAAGGCUGAAAAAAUGACCAAGGAACUAGAGGAAAAGGCCAAACAACAUUGCAUCAUUCUCUGA